AUGAGUGAGGAGAAGAAGCUACAGUUUGUCACUGAAGGGCAGGCAGAUGUCGAGAAGCAAUCUGAGAGGGAGGAAGCUAUACAAGGUGCCAUUGAGACAGAACGGAAGAAGCGUGUGAGGAAGACGCUGCGGGACCAACUGCGAGCCAAUGCCAUUAAGAAGCAGAAGAAGUCUAACAGGGAGAGCGCGGAGGUCAAGAAGCUUAACCAGCUGAGCAAAGAGGAGACCCGCUAUUUCAAAGAGCUCGAGAAGAACAGAGAGCAAGAGAUACAGAGACUGACACAGUUCCACAAGGACAAGGAUUACGAGUACGAAAAGAAGCGCCAACAACUGCUGAGCCGGUCCCCUGACAAGCAAUCGGGUAAACCAGACACACUCUCAUCAAACCAGAACAACGGCUCCACGGAAAGAGUUAUUUUAAAAGUGAAGAAUAAGAAUAGACCAAGACUGGUAGUGAAGAAGUAA